AUGCAUCAUCGACGUCACUAUCAUUCCGUCUCUGACGCUCGGAACCGUCAACGUCAAGGAGAUGAAGAGGAUCAUAACGAGCAGCAACGUCUCGCGGAAAGGAGUUCUUCCAGACCUCACGCUGCUUUUGAGGGCAGUCCCGCUCCAGCACCGCAUCAGCAGCAGCAGCCCAGAGGAUCAUUUCCAAGUGCUCCGCUCUCCACCUUUCUCCAUUCGCCUUCGAGCGGCAAUGCUUUGGAUCAUGUUACCCUUCCCAGGAUUAUCUCGCCACCGGAAAGUCGAGGACAGCAGCUCAACGCGGAUCUGGCCAGAGAUUCAGCGUUGCACCAUUCGUCUCGCGAUGAAGAUGCACGUCACAGAUUAGCAUCUUUUCGGCACGAGGCGGAUGCAAGGAAGGAUGCAGGAGCGUUCAACCACGGCCACUCGUCUCGCUGGGCUGUCGGAGCCGGGUCCCCUUUAUUGCACGAUCACCAACGCCUCCCAGCUCACGAAGAGCGUGCAUCCUCAAACAGAGAGGCACGAGAUGGGUAUGGCGCUGGCUCGCGUCGGAGAGAGCCGAAUGUCGAAGCUUCACGAGCGUUCUCUGCAAGUAGAGGCUCAGAUACGCAGCUCCGCAGCAAUGCUUCCGAUCUGCGAGACGCCGCGAGCUCAAUUGCGGCAAAGCCCACGAUGACGAACCGGACAGUUGAAGCGACAAGAGCAGCUUCUUCGGAUGUUUCGGCACCCGUCCAGCGGGGUCCUCGCGGCUCGUACGCGGCUCGAACUUGCACGCAGUGCAGGAAGCGCAAAGCAAAGUGCAACCUGCCCGAAGAGGUCUUGCUCGCAGACAUAGUGUCCACUACAGAGCCCCUGCCCGAGCAUAUGAGAUGCGUCAGAUGCGCCAAUAUGAACUUGAGCUGCUUGGUGUACGAGAAGAAUGCGCGGGGCAAGCGGAAGCGCAUCGUGGACGUCGAGCAGGACAAGAAGAGAAACACCAACAAAAAGUCGGGUGCGAGCACGCGAAGGACCUCAGUUGUACCUUUGGUGCUGCCAGAAGAUGAUGGCGACUCUGUCAGUCUGGAAGAGGACGAAGAUGAAUCGCAGGUGGAGAUACGAUCCCCAAAUCGCUUUCAAGCGACCGUAUCUGCCCAUCGCAAUCCUGCAAAAAAUCCUUCGCCUCGCGAGAUGCUCAACGCAAGCAGCGGGAAAGAGGUGCAGCAAAGCUCAGCAAAUGCACAAGCACAGGCGCGCACAAAUCCUCUGUCAGGCAGCUUGACAUUGGAUGGGCGCGAUGCCGCCAGGGCAAGCCAGAAUCUCGUGUCUUCGGCACAAGUCAAGUCUGAUGGCAUGAACAUCUCUUCCCACAAGAGAUCACCGUCUCCAACUACGCGCGCCUCGGUCGAGCAAUUGCAAAUCUUUUUGCCAAACAACAUAAGUCCUGGAUUCACGGCUGGCGCACAGCUCGCCAUGCGCCCCUUGUCCCUUCUCGCACAAUACUUGGUGAAAAACAAGAGCUUUGCCACCAAGCAAAAGUUUGAGACAGACUGGACUGGCGAAGCUCAGACACUCGAAGCUGAGCAGGAUUUUCCAGACGUGUUGGACAUUGUCAGCGAAAAGCUUAGUCGGAGGUUGACGCCUUGGUGAGUGAUACGCUAUAUGCAUGUGGUACGGGCAUCGACUCAAUGUUGCCUUUAUUUGCGUGCAUGAACACGCAGGGCCAAUGCGUACAUCCUUUGGCAUCCGCACCUUCCUACCCUUUCUGAACUGCGCACCAGGCACUCUUCAACGCCUACCACUUCGAGCUCGCUACUGCUGUCUCUACUAUACUUGCUCACACUACCAAGGCUGGAACCUCAGCCUUCCUCUCCUGGAAAGACGUCGCACAUCCUAGUUCUGCUCAGUGCAGCUGUCAGAAGAGAUGUCACCCUGGUCAUGAUGGGCACAAGACCAGACAUUUUGUCCGUCCAGGCUCUGGAGCUCCUUUCGGCGCACGCGCCUCUGGCUCCAUUGGAGCGCCUGUCUAGAAGAGCACCCAGAAGUCCAGAGCCUUUUACGGGAAGAGGAUUACUCGUAGUCGCCCAGCGCAUCGCUCAGGCCCUCAACUUACCUGCUGCGCCUGCACGGGCCGCCGAGAUGCUAGCGAGUCACUUCUCGGCUUCCCGCGAAAUGUCUGAAAGAGCGCGACGGGACUCUGCGAGCAGAAGGCGCAACGAACGGCGCAGAAAGAGCACGGAUGAAGACAGCGAUGCUAGCAGUGAGGACAUGGACGCUAAUGAGUCUGCAGAUGAAGAUCGAGAGGAAGAGCAGGAUGAGACGUCUGGAAAGCGUGCAUGCGUGCCCGAACAAGGCGCGCCGUCCUCCACCGCCCAAAAACAGGCCAUGCAUGAAGCCAUCGUGUGGCACAGUCUAGCCUGCUGGAGCGCCGCGAUGGCCUUUGAUGACGAAAUGGUCUCACCACCCGCAUCCUUACUCACGGAUCCCAACGACGAAUUCGAGCUGCACAGCGAGCCGGGCGCAUCGACGGAUGAGAUUGAGAGCUUGAGGAAUGCCGGAAGAGUCGUCAUGCGCUCGAGGUUCUUGACGCUGAAACAGCUCUACGACAAGUGGCGCAAGAUGGACGGGAGUAUGAACAGGCAAGAGGCCAAGAGAUCAUCGAGCGAGAGGACGUCAUUUGCGACUAGGGCUUUGAUGGAAUUCAAUACGGAUCUCAAAGAGGCCGAUGCGCAGACCAAGCGAGAUUUGGGUGCGUUGCAUCCGAACUGGGGCUUCUCAGAUUCGAGCUAAUUUGCGGCAUUCCUACCUUAGCGCCGUUCUUGGAAAGCAGAUCCGUUGACGUGCUGGUUCGAUGGCUCAGUAUCGAUCAACAGCAGAGGCAGUACCUGCUGCUUUCUAUGGCGUUCAUCUACGUCAUCUACGGCAGGCCGGUCAGCGAGUGGCACAUGACUGGUCCGAUUGACAUUCUUCGCCAAGUACACGGUAACCCUUCGACUGGAAAAUUUUGUAGAGAAAGAUCCAAUCUUCACGGAGAACAAAUUCAGCGCAUCUUGUCUGCGUUUACAGAUCUGGCCUGUCUUGGUCAUACAUCGGACAAUACGGCUUCUAGGCAACCACGCUCGGAAUCAAAACAUCAGAAGGAUUCGGCUGCACGACGUUUCGUGUCUGCUCAAAGAUCUCGUGGGUCUUCGAGCCUCACGGUUGACGGCUCAGUUAGUUCGGAGGCAGAGACGGACGAGGAGGAAACAAGCGUUGGAGAGCUUCAAGUCGGUGCAGCGCACGCCGUCGGUGCGAUCCCGGUCAUGUGGACAUGCGCUUCUAUCGUGAAUGUGGCCAAAGGAGAAGUCGAGAAACGUGCGGCAACGCUGAUGGGAUGGCGAGCCAUGAAUCCAGGAGCAGGAGUCCAGAUCGCCCUCUUAAGACUUACUGCUAGAUGCUUGAGGGAGAUGGAGCCGAGGGUGAGGAGGGGAGAUUUGUCUUCGGAUGAAGCUUGCAAGAUGGGCAGCGUGUGGGCUGCUGCUGCUGGACUCAUUUCUGACGCGGCACAGAGUAUCGCGGACUGGAAGGGUCUCAUAGAGAGCAAUCACAUUCAGCGGUCCAAAAAUUUCAUCGUCGCACCCCCCAAUGCGAAUGGCGCCGAGAGCAAGGAUAGUGCGGCGGCUACGGACAAGCACGGCCAGGAUGCGAACACUAGCAGAAAGGCGGCCUUGCCAGCGCUGCCCCUCUUCGGUCUCGGACCUUCGAGCGGCGUGCCACCAAGUCAUGCGGGCGGAGCUGCGUCGGCAAAUCAUCACAAUGUCGGAUCCAGCGUGCCGUCGUCUGGCAUGAUGUCUGGAGGCUUCGAUCCCUUUCCGCCCGGACUAGGUUUCGGGCUGGGCGGCGAAGGCGUCAAUUCGCUCUUAGCUGGAGGCGGGCUAAUGACGGAUUUGAUGAUGUCUAGCGCUGCAGGAUGGGGUCUAGGAGGAGCAAUGACGAAUGCUGGCGCAGGUGAUACGGGCAACACUUCACAGGCAGACGUAAUCAGCGCCAUGAUGAGCACAAGCAAUGGCGGUGGAGGUCUCAAUGCCCUCGCUAAUUUCUUCAAUGGUGGAGCAGGAGCUCAGGGUGGAUUCUCGGCAAACUCACAAGCUGCUUCGAGCGCAUUGACGGGCCGACAUCAGCAAGCCAACGCGGAAGGCAACGGCGCUUCGGGAGUGCAGUCUUGGAGCGAUAUGCUUGCCAUCUUUGGCGGAGAUGAUGAGAGCUUGGCUCGGAGCACCAAUCCAAACGCACCUUUUGAUUGGGCUACAUUUGCAGGCUGGAAAGCCGAAGAUGGCACGGAUCGAUGA